UGCACGGCAGCGGGUGUUUUAACCAGGUGCGCACCGCAUAGGUGAGGGGACAGACUGCCGACAGCUCAGCGGGGAUGGGGACAGAGAGUGAGAGCAUGCUGCAGCUCGCAGCGGAGGCUUUCCAGUCAAAAAACUUCGACCUGGCUGCGGACAUCUACGAGUGCCAGCUGGCGGGGCACGGAGAUCCAGGGAGCCGGCAGGAGCUGAUGGUCAAGCGGGCUGACGCGCUCGCCUUCGGGGGCAAAUUCACCGAAGCUUUCGAUGUUUACCGACAAGCCUCGGAGCCAGAGAGACUGAGACCGGUUCACCUGAGCAAGCUCAUAGAGUACCUGUCGGGGAGUAUCGGGAGGCAGGAGGGGGGUGACGGUCUAAACGGGACCCAGAGGAGAGGGGAGGAGGACGGGGCGGCGGCGGCUCGGUGCCCGGGACUCGGCGCCGCGGGCUCCGGGUACGAGGACUUCUCCUGCCGGGUCUGUCUGAGCUUUCUGUUCGAGCCCGUGACUCUGCCGUGCGGACACUGCUUCUGUAAGAAGUGUCUGGAGAGGGAGAGGAAGGAGAAGGAGCGGCCGGUGGUGUGUAAGGAGUGCGGGGACAGCUCCGGAGCCGCCGACCUGCAGACGUACCGGGUCAACGUGGUGCUCAGCAGCCUGCUGGCCAAGUGGUUCCCGACCCUGCACCGGGCCGGCCUGCUGAGGCGGGAGGGCAACGGGCUGUACGCGGAGAGGAAGAUGGAAGCAGCGCUGGAGAAAUACAACCAGGCCGUGCUGAUAGCACCCAUGGACCACAUACUGUUCAGUAACCGCUCCCAGAUCCUCUCCAGCCUGAGACGCUAUGAGAAGGCCCUGAGAGACGCUGAGAUGGCCUGCAGACUCAUGCCUCAAUGGUCCAAGGGUCAUGUUCGUAAGGCCCAGGCCCUGGUGUCGCUGGGCAGGACCGAGGAGGCUCUGAGGGAGUACCUGGUCUGUCUGUCCAUAGAGCCGGACUGUAGAGUGGCCAAGACCGAGGCUCACAGGCUCCUCUCUGAUCUCCUGACUCCGGUUACCGAUCAGGUCCCUGAACACAUCUCGGACUACUCCAACGCGCAUUUGUCUUUCAGAGACCACGUCAAGAACAGCAUCAACACUCCACAUCAGAUCUUUAGUCCCAGCCUGUUCUCAUCAGCCUCCAGUCUUUCCCCAACUCCUCUUACACCCAAGAGGACAGAGGGGGAUGAGGUCAGAGGUCAGGGGAAGCUGGCGGUCAGAAGGCUGGACCACUGCUUCCUCCUCAAAAGGAAACGGAGGAGCUCGGAGGAGGAAGGAGGACAGGAGAGGAGAGAUGAUCACAAGAGAGCCAAAUCAGCAGAGGGGCCAGAUCCACUGAGUUCUGCAGCUGGUGACGUCUUGGACCCGACAGAUCUGGAGUGUUCUCUUUGUAUGAGACUUUUCUACGAGCCGGUGGCGACGUCGUGCGGUCACACCUUCUGUCUGCGCUGUCUGGAGAGAUGUCUGGACCACAACCCAAAGUGUCCGCUCUGUAAAGAGGAGCUGUCUGAGUACCUGGUCCAGAGGCAGUACUGUAAGACAGUACUAACGGAGAGCCUGAUAUCGAAGUAUCUUCCCUCGGAGUUCAUAGAGAGACAGAAAAUCCACCAGGAGGAGAUGGCCGAGUUUUCUAAUCUUAACAAGAAUGUGCCUAUAUUCGUGUGCACCAUGGCCUUCCCCACCGUCCCGUGCCCUCUCCAUAUCUUCGAGCCGUGCUACAGACUGAUGAUCCGCCGAUGCAUGGAGACGGGAACCAACAGCUUCGGCAUGUGUCUGGCAGACAACGUCAAAGGGUUUGCAGACUACGGUUGCCUGCUGGAGAUCCGCGAUGUCAAGUUCUUCUCCGACGGCCGCUCGGUGGUGGACACCAUCGGCAGACGGAGGUUCAAAGUGGUUCAGCACAGCGAGAGGGACGGAUACAACACCGCCGAUAUCGAGUACCUGGAGGACGUUAAGGAGGAGGGUCUGGCAGAGCGUGAGCUGCGUACUCUGCAUGACACGGUGUACGACCAGGCCCUGGUGUGGGUCAACUCCUUGAAGCCAGAGCAAAAGGAACGCAUUGAGGGACACUUUGGACCCAUGCCUCAGAAAGACUCUGAACUACAGGACAGUCCUAACGGUCCCUCGUGGUGUUGGUGGUUACUCGCCGUUCUUCCGUUAGAAGGCCGAGCCCAGCUGCCGUUCCUGGCCCUCACCUCUCUGAAAGAUCGCCUCAGCGGCAUCCGCAAGGUGCUGCUCUUCAUGGCCCACAGCAAGCACCGGUGACGUUAACCCUCCACACCUGGAAAAUGCAGUAACCCCCCUCCAGCGCACACACUCACAGACACAAACACCCUCCUCCCAAGCAGCAGUUGACCUGCUGUUCUUCCUUUUUGACGCACAAAGGAACAGACGUUGAUCCCGUUGCACCUUCCCCCGUUGUAGCUACGUCCCAUUCAGAAAGCUGCUGGACUCACCUACGCAUCAACAGCAAACUUUUGACAAAAGAGUAAGAAAGAAAAAGAAAAGAAAAACAGCAACAGGGAUAGUUGAUGUGAAAAAACAAGAAAA